ACAAUUUUGUUUAUGUUUGACCAGAAAAAAAUCCUUUUAUUUUCUUCUGUGUGUAAAACCUAGCUGUAAUGGCAAGUUCGCCGGGAUUCAGGGGAUGCCAGCCAGUCACUUUUGCAAAGUAACUUUCUCCAGCUUACAAGUUACAAAUCCUAUAUAAUUAUAAAUAGAUGUGGGUGUAGUUUAUUUGGAGUCAUCGAUUAGAAAUAUGAGAAUGGGUGAUUCAUGGGUUAUUUUGUGGGCAAUAUGGGCGGUGUUGGUUUCUGGAUAUGGAACUCUGGUUGUAGAUGGCGUUAAAUGGAAUGGGACUGUAUAUGUGGUUAGUGACAGUGCCGCUGGAACAACGGACAAAGAUUUCAUAUGUGCUACCUUGGAUUGGUGGCCUAACUCUAAGUGUGACAUUAAUUGUCCUUGGGCCAAUGCUUCUCUCCUAAACUUGGAUCUGAUCAGUCAUCCUACUCUUUCAAAGGCAAUAAAAGCAUUCUCUCCUUUAAAAAUUCGGUUGGGUGGUACAUUACAAAAUAAGGUCGUCUACCAAACGAGUGUUAAUGAAACAUGCAAGCCAUUUCGGUAUUACAACUCCCGCACGGAAUUAUUUCAGUUCACAGAAGGGUGCCUACCUUUGUCGAGAUGGGAUGAACUAAAUCACUUCUUCAUGGAAUCAGGUGCUGCUAUCAUUUUUGGCUUGAAUGCUCUACAUGGAAGACACAUAAAGGGCGGUUCUGCUACGGGUGACUGGAAUUCAACGAAUGCUGAGUUUCUCAUUCGAUAUUCUGCCCACAAGAAAUAUCCUAUCAUCGCUUGGGAAUUGGGGAAUGAGUUGGUUGGAAAAGGCGCAAUAGGGGUACAGAUAUCUGCAGAUCAGUAUGCUAAAGACACCAUCCGUUUUCACGGCAUAAUCCAAAAGAUUUACCCUAAAACUUACAAGCCGCUAGUCAUAGCACCUGGAGGGUUCUUUGAUGCACAGUGGUUCAAAGAGUAUCUAAGUAAAACCAACGACACUCUGGACGUCAUUACUCAACACAUAUAUAAUCUUGGCGAAGGGAGCAGUAAAAACAUCGCAGACACAAUCCUGAAAAUGGUAUAUUAUGGUUCAGCAAUCAAGGACUUCAUUCCGAUAAAUGAUCUUCUCAAAAACUAUAAUUCCCCCCGGGGGCACAAAGUCGUUGGUUGGGUGGGCGAAUCUGGAGGGGCGUACAACAGCGGCGCGCCGAACGCGUCGAACACAUUCGUUAAUAGUUUCUGGUACCUGGACCAGCUCGGGACGUCGGCGUUGUACGACACAAAAACAUACUGCCGGCAGACAUUAAUCGGAGGGAACUACGGUUUACUUGACGCUACUACCUUCCUCCCAAAUCCCGAUUACUACAGUGCUCUUCUUUGGCACAAAUUGAUGGGACCCAAAUCGCUCACCACAGCCUUUGUAGGGAACGACAGCCGCAUGAUACGUGCUUAUACUCAUUGUUCAAAGACAAAUAAAGGAGUAACGAUGUUGCUGAUGAACUUAGA